AUGGCGAUGAUUCAGAGUUUGGCUCUGUUCUUGACCUGCAUUGCAGCGAUAUGGAUUUGCAAUGAAAAUAUAAUUGCGAGUGCUGCCUCACCGUUGUCGCCUCGGCCGAGUGCGGUGGAUUGCCCGGCGGUGGUGUAUGCGAUACUGCCGUGCGUGAAUUACGUCACGAUCGGGAGCACGAUGGCGAUGCCCUCGAAAGUUUGCUGCAAGAAUGUGGAAAGUGUGUUGAAAUGGAAUGCUAAAUGUAUGUGCGUUGGGUUGAAGCAGAGCGAGAGCUUGGGGAUUCAAUUGAAUGUUACUAGAGCGAUUGAUCUUCCUGCGACUUGUGGAAUUUCGACUCCGACUCCGCUUUCUGAUUGCGGCUGUGCGUUUGAUUUUAUUCUUGUUUGA